AAUCCAGGACCAAUCUCAAACCAGACUGAUUCUUGCCGAUCCAGAGUCUCCAGACCGAUCAGUCGGUCCAAUCAAUCGAGCCCUUCUUGAACUUCUUUUCGUCUAUUGGGUCUGGCCGUCUGGGAAGAUCUAUGGCUUCCAAGAGCCCACUCGCACAAACUGAGGCUUUCACCUGCAAAUUCCCUCCAUUUGCUGUUUGUUUGUCAAACCGAAAACGCCAGUCGACGCAGCGCUCGAGGUAGAGAGGUCGCAAGAGGAAACCCUAUUUUCAGUUUCUGUUAAUCUGCGUUUCGGAUUCAGAUUGAACAGGUACGAGUUCCCCCCCCAGACAUUGCAAGAAUCUCUAGUUUCCGACGUUUGAUCUCAUCUCUGUUUUCGUAUUUGUAUCGAUAACUUCAAAGUCCAAAGUACUACUUCAUCUGGUAGUUUUGGGUAACGGAAUGGAAACCAGACACCCUUCUUGUUUAUCUUUUCCAAAUCUAAGGAUGUCUGAGAUGAGAAAGGAUUGGGCACAAUGACAGUUACUUUUCUGGUGAUUUCGAAUUCAAUCUUUGAAGCUUAAAAUCCAUUUGUAAGAUUCUUUAAAAUGUUUCAGAAGAGAAAAAAUGGACUACGAUUCUUUAAUUUGUAUUUUUUAGGCGUGGGAGGUAUCUGUGAACUUUAGUUGUCUGUAUGCUCAGUGCAAUUAUCUGGGCCACGAGGAUGGAAACUCCAGUUUCCUCUGGUACUGUUUCUAAACGCUCCUCUAGGAGGACUGUGGGUUUGCGAAAUUAUGAUGAGAAUCUAAUGGACGAGCUCAUUGAGAAGCAUUUGGGUGGAACUCCUAGGAAACGGAAUAGAACAAAAGAGGACAUGGAAAAAGAAACUGAAACUGAGGCCAUGAUUGCUCUAUCCCUUGGGUUCCCAAUUGAUGCUUUGCUUGAAGAAGAAAUUGAGGCAGGGGUUGUCAAUGAAUUGGGUGGAAAAGAGCAAAAUGACUAUAUUGUGGUGAGAAACCAUAUACUGGCAAGGUGGAGAGAUAAUGUCCGGACUUGGCUUUCGAAAGGACAGAUUGGGGAAACUGUUAGUAAUGAAUAUGAGCAUCUGAUCUGUUCAGCUUAUGAUUUUCUACUGUCCCAUGGGUAUAUUAAUUUUGGAGUUUCACCUAUUAUUACAUCUCAAAUUCCACAUGAGGCUACUGAAGGAUCUGUAAUAAUUGUUGGUUCUGGUCUUGCUGGAUUAGCAGCAGCCAGGCAACUUUUAUCCUUUGGUUUCAAGGUGGUUGUCCUGGAAGGUAGAAACAGGCCUGGAGGGAGAGUUUAUACUCAGAAAAUGGGUCAGAACGAUAAGCUAGCGGCUGUAGAUCUUGGUGGGAGUGUUAUUACGGGUAUCGAUGCCAACCCUCUCGGAGUUCUUGCAAGGCAACUAUCCAUUCCGCUUCACAAGGUUAGAACUAAAUGCCCCUUAUACAAGCCCGACGGGGCACCUAUUGAUGAGGAAAUUGAUUCCAAGGUGGAGAUCAUCUUUAAUAAGUUGCUGGACAGGGCCACUGAGUUGAGAAAAAUCAUGCGUGAACUUGCAAAUGACAUUUCUCUAGGAUCAGCUUUGGAGACACUGAGACAGUUGUAUGGUGUGGCUCAAAGUAAUGAAGAGAGGCAACUUCUUGAUUGGCAUCUUGCCAACUUGGAAUAUGCAAAUGCUGGUUGUCUUUCAAACCUUUCAGUUGCCUAUUGGGACCAGGAUGAUCCUUAUGAAAUGGGUGGGGACCACUGUUUUCUUGCUGGAGGUAAUUGGAGAUUGAUCAGAGCAAUGUGUGAAGGAAUUCCCAUAUUCUAUGGAAGAACUGUUCAUACCAUUAAGUAUGGAAAUGAUGGUGUGGAGGUGGUUGCUGGUGAUCAAGUAUUUCAAGCUGAUAUGGUCCUUUGCACUGUGCCUCUUGGUGUCCUGAAGAAUAGAACCAUAAGGUUUGAACCAGAAUUACCUGAAAGAAAGCUUGCAGCUAUUGAGAGAUUGGGUUUUGGUUUGCUCAAUAAAGUUGCCAUGAUUUUCCCCCAUGUUUUUUGGGGUGAGGACCUAGACACAUUUGGCUGUCUCAACAAAGACAGUCAUAGACGUGGAGAAUUCUUCUUGUUUUACAGCUACCAUACUGUUUCUGGAGGUCCUGUUCUUGUUGCACUUGUGGCAGGAGAGGCUGCACUUGCUUUUGAGUGUGAAGAUCCAGCUGUUUUGCGUCAGCGUGUUCUAAGCAUCCUCAGAGGUAUAUAUAAUCCAAAGGGCAUUGAUGUGCCUGAUCCAAUUCAAACAAUUUGUACAAGAUGGGGUAGUGAUCCCCUUUGCCGUGGUUCAUACUCCCAUGUUCGAGUAGGAUCAUCUGGCAGUGAUUAUGAUAUUCUUGCUGAAAGUGUGAACAGACGACUCUUCUUUGCCGGUGAGGCCACAAAUAAGCAAUAUCCAGCUAGCAUGCAUGGUGCUUUCUUGAGUGGCUUAAGAGAAGCUUCAUGUAUUCUUCGUGCAAUGAGGAGUUGGCAACAUAAUUCUGGAAAGUUCAUGCAGAAGAAUGUAGGAGCAUGCGAUGAUUUGCUCAUAGAUCUAUUCAAGAAGCCUGAUUUAGCAUUUGGAAAGUUCUCAUUUAUAUUUGAUACUUCAGCAGAUGACCCAAAAUCUAUGGGGAUUAUGAGAGCCACUUUUGGGAAGUCCAACAGUGAAAUUGAUGGAAAGUAUAACUGUGGACACGAAUUAAAGGACUACCUACUGUCCUUAAAUCUACCAUUGCAUCUGUACACUGUAUUAUCUCGAGAACAGGCCCAUGAGCUUCAAUUGGUAACUGGAGGGGAUGAACAUACAUUGUCUUUUUUAUACAAGAAUUUUGGAUUGAAGCUAACUGGACGUAGUGGCUUAGGAAGCUUGGGUGAUUCCUUAACUGUUGGCAUUGCUAGUGCACGGAGAAUCCAGGGCAGGAACCAUUUAGCUUCUGCACAAGAACAUGUUGUCUAGAUGUGCCAUUAUCCCAAUGUAUUAGUUCCCAAGUGCUUCAUUUGUGAGCAGAAAUAUUGGGGUUCAUAUACAUUCUUGAUGAAAGGGAUACUAGAGAACCAAUGUGCCUUAACACAUCUUGUAUAUGAUUUAGUCAUGGAAGUUUAUUCAUCUUACAACCAAGAAAAAAUUUCUUGGAGUUGACUGAGGUAGCAAAUUCAUUUUGGAUUAUUUCAACUCUGACCAACUUGGUGGUUUGACUAGAAUUACAUCUGCUGACUGUGGACAUCAUUCUCUGUAUGUAUGGAUAUUUGUGUAGGUCAUUUUUCAUGUAGAAUUGUGAGCAGAUCUCUAUUGGGGGGGACAAACCAGUAACUGAUGGCACCAAAGUAGUUCUGGAUGAAGGCUCGGUAAUAUCUGGUUAUGUAAUUAUUUUUUCCCAAUUCCCAUAUAUUCCAUUUUUGGAAUUUAUUGAGACCUUCAAACUCUUCUGCUCUUUAUGGUGCAUUUUGCAAGUGUAAACUAGUGUGUAAAAUAACAUUUCUUUUGGGAACAAGACAUUUCUUCUUCCUAUGGAUCA